CUCCAGCGACCAGUUUAUAAAUAUAACCAAGUAUUACUGUCAUUCCUCAUUCCUCUCUCUCUCUCUCUCUCUCUCUGCGUCCGUCUCCAAGGAGCGUUUACAGGACGGGCUCCUGAUACGAAAGUCGGUUCAUUCAGAGAAGCAUAUACAAGGGCUAAUCAAGAGAAUGGUUAAUACAGGGGAGGAGAGGCUUCUUGGGUUAGAAGCACAAGAGCAAGUUGGUCUGAAAACCAGGAUUUGGGUGGAAUCAAAGCUUAUAUGGAGGAUAGCAUUUCCUGCCAUGUUGGCUAGAGUAACUUCUUUUGGAAUGUAUGUGGUGACACAGCUUUUUGUUGGCCAUGUUAAUGAACUGGAUCUGGCUGCAUACGCAAUUGUACAAAGUAUUCUUGCACGUUUCGUGAAUGGGAUACUGUUGGGCAUGUCAAGUGCAACAGAGACAUUAUGUGGUCAAGCAUUUGGAGCGGGACAGUACAACAUGAUGGGCAUUUACUUGCAACGAUCAUGGAUCGUUGAUGCAGUUACAGCAACAAUACUGCUCCCGCUAUUCAUCUUUGCCGCUCCCAUCUUUAAACUACUACAAGAGGAAGACGCGAUAGCAGAUGCAUCAGAAGCCAUCUCUUUAUGGUUCAUUCCUAUAUUAUACUCGUUUGUUUUUGGCUUAACCAUCCAAAUGUUCCUUCAAGCACAACUCAAAAACAUGGUUAUUGGAUGGCUCUCUGCGGGGUCGUUUGUAAUCCAUGUACUUUUGUCUUGGAUCUUCGUGAACAUACUCAACUGGGGGGUUUCUGGUGCCAUGGGUGCCUUCAACAUCUCUAGUUGGUUAGUUGUCAUUGGAGAGUUCAUCUACGUCUUUGGAGGUUGGUGCCCAAAUUCAUGGAAAGGAUUCUCCACAGCUGCCUUCAAAGAUAUCUGGCCUGUUGUUAAGCUGUCUGUUUCCUCUGGUGUGAUGCUUUGUUUAGAGCUGUGGUACAAUGCUAUCCUAGUUUUGUUAGCUGGAUAUAUGAAAAAUGCAACGGUUUCCAUCUCUGCCUUCUCCAUCUGCCUCAAUAUCUGUGCAUGGGAAUUUAUGAUAUGCCUUGGAUUCCUAACUGCUGCAUGUGUGCGUGUAGCCAAUGAGAUCGGGAAAGGAAAUUCUAAAGCUGCAAUAUUUUCCAUUAAAGUUAUCCUCAGUACUUCGGUUGGUCUUGGUGUGAUUUUCUCCAUCUUGUGUUUUGCUUUUGGGAAUAAAAUUUCCUACUUGUUUACAAGUGAUGAAGAGGUGGCGGAAGCUGUUUCAAGUAUCUCUGCUCUUCUCUCUCUCUCAAUCUUGCUAAAUAGUGUUCAACCAGUUCUUACUGGUGUGGCCAUAGGUUCUGGUUUACAAGGCAUUGUGGCAAUUAUUAACAUUGGCUGCUAUUAUGUGAUUGGCAUCCCCAUAGGACUUGUGCUUUGUUAUGUGGUCGAUCUUGAAGUGAAGGGUUUGUGGAUCGGAAUGUUAAUUGGAGUGUUGAUGCAAACAUUAGUGCUUUCCUUCCUGAUAUGGAGACUGAAUUGGAAGGACCAAGUUGAAAAGGCAUCUGAGCGUCUCCACCGAUGGCUUCUAGAUCCCUCACAAGAGUCUAAAUAGAUCGAGCUCCUACUACAUUCUCCAUAUAAAUUAGGUGUAUCAACCAACAACUUCUAAUCCAUUUUUUUUUGGCACAUUGGUGCCUCUUUUGGGUCAACACCACUCAGCCUAAUUCAAGACUUUGCUGUGUUUUGAAAACUAUGUCCUUCAUCUUCAAUGAAUCGAUUCAAGAGACAAAUGACGGCCUA